UUUUUUUUUUUGGUUUUUUUUUAUCUUUUAUACAUAAAAAAUAAUGAAUAGAUUUGUUUCCAGAUACUCAUCUUCGCCUUUAACUUUACCUCAAGAAGAAAGUUUUGGCCAACUUUGUGGAAAAUGGGAUGCUGCUCAGCAAUUAGCUUUCCCUUCAUUUGACAUUCCUGCCAUUCAUAACCCUAUCGAUUUCUUGAGAAAUGUAACUGAUGAAACAUCACCAGAUUAUAAGAUUAAAAUCCAACACGGUACAACAACUCUUGCUUUUCAAUUCCAAGGCGGUGUUAUUGUUGCCGUCGAUUCGAGAGCUACAAUGGGCAAUUAUAUUGGUUCUCAAACAGUAAAGAAAGUAAUUGAAAUCAAUCCAUAUUUAUUGGGAACAAUGGCUGGUGGUGCAGCUGAUUGUUCAUUUUGGGAGCGUGAGUUAGGUAGACGUUGUCGUUUACAUGAAUUAAGAAAUAAAGAACGUAUUUCAGUUGCUGCUGCAUCAAAGCUGUUAGCUAAUAUGGUUUAUUCUUACAAAGGCAUGGGCUUAUCUAUGGGUACUAUGGUUACAGGUUGGGAUAAAUCUGGUCCAAACCUUUUCUAUGUUGAUUCUGAUGGUUCCAGAUUAAAGGGUGAUAUAUUUUCAGUUGGUUCAGGUUCCACAUUUGCUUAUGGUGUGCUUGAUUCUGGAUAUGAUUACGAUUUAUCUGUUAAAGAAGCACUUGAACUUGGUAGAAGAUCUAUUUAUCAUGCUACACAUCGUGAUGCCAUGUCUGGUGGUUCUGUUAAUUUAUACCAUGUUACUGAGCAAGGUUGGACUUAUCAUGGUAAUCAUGACGUUGGCAAACUUCACUGGGAUUACCAAGAUGGCAUUGCGAGUGAAAUUAUCUAAAUAAAUAUAAAAAUUUAAAAAAAAAAAAUAAAAAUAAAUAAAUAAAUGCUAUUUUUUUUUUUCUUCUUUUUUUUU